GCCAGGUGAGCGCUCAGGUAUGCUGAAACCACAUGGCUUGGGAGGGAGGAGGAGGAGGAGCCCAGACCCAAAGGGAGAGAAGAGCUGAGAUCUGAGAGCCCAGAGGCCAGAGCCAGGCUCAGCAGCCAGCAGGGCACCUCCAGGUGGGCACCCCGUCUCGCCACCAUGAGUACCACCACAACUGGCCCAGAAGCUGCACCCAAGCCAAGUGCCAAGUCUAUCUAUGAGCAGAGGAAACGUUACUCCACCGUGGUUAUGGCUGAUGUAUCCCAGUAUCACGUUAAUCACCUCGUGACCUUCUGCUUGGGCGAAGAGGAUGGCGUGCACACAGUGGAAGAUGCCUCCAGGAAGCUGGCUGUCAUGGACAGCCAGGGCCGUGUCUGGGCCCAGGAGAUGCUACUGCGAGUGUCCCCUGGCCAUGUCACGCUGCUUGAUCCAGUCUCCAAGGAGGAGCUUGAGUCUUACCCGCUGGGCGCCAUCGUGCGCUGCGACGCAGUGACACCACCCGGCCGGAGCCGCUCGCUGCUGCUCCUGGUGUGCCAGGAGCCCGAGCGUGUGCAGCCCGACGUGCACUUCUUCCAGGGCCUGCGGCUCGGGGCGGAGCUGAUCCGAGAGGACAUCCAGGGGGCUCUGCACAACUACCGCUCGGGGCGCGGGGAACGCAGGGCGGCGGCGCUCAGGGCGACGCAGGAGGAGCUGCAGCGGGGAGCCACUUCGGUCGCCGAGACCCCGCCGUUGCAGCGCCGUCCGUCGGUCCGCGCGGUGAUCAGCACCGCAGAACCCGCCUCGGGCCGCGGGCGACCCCGCGUGGAUCCCAUUCCGGAGGCGGCGAGACCCGAACCUGCGCGCACCGCAAACGCCGCCGGCCCCGGGUCGCCCGACCUGGGCCCGCGAGGUCCCGAAUUGGCGGGUCUGCAGGCGGAGCGGGACGUGGAUAUCUUGAAUCACGUGUUCGACGACGUGGAGAGUUUCGUGUCCAGGCUGCAGAAGUCAGCCGAGGCCGCCCGCGUGUUGGAGCAUCGUGAGCGCGGUCGCAGGACCCGUCGCCGUGAGGCUGGAGAGGGUCUACUGACAUUGCGGGCCAAGCCACCUACCGAGGCCGAAUACACAGACGUGCUUCAGAAAAUCAAGUACGCCUUUAGUCUGCUGGCCCGGCUGCGUGGCAACAUCGCCAACCCCUCCUCUCAAGAGCUGCUGCACUUUCUGUUCGGGCCUCUGCAGAUGAUUGUGAACACGUCUGGGGGCCCCGAGUUCGCCAGCAGCGUGCGACGGCCGCAUUUGACCUCCGAGGCCGUGGCCCUGCUACGGGACAAUGUCACUCCUCGCGAAAACGCGCUGUGGACCUCCCUGGGAGACUCGUGGACCCGCCCAGGGGUGGAGCUGCCCACGGAGGAGGGUUCUCCAUACAGCCCCGAGUUCUGCAGCGGCUGGGAGCCCCCCGCCACCGACCCGCAGGGCCGCGCCUGGGAAGACCCGGUGGAGAAGCAGUUGCAGCACGAACGGAGGCGCCGGCAGCAAAGCGCCCCCCAGGUCGCUGUCAAUGGUCACCAACAUCCGGAGCUGGAAGCUGAGCCCCAGCCGGAGGAGGAGAGAGUGGGAAAAUGGGUUCUGUGUAAUUACGACUUCCAGGCCAGAAACAGCAGCGAGCUCUCCGUCAAGCAGCGGGAUGUGUUGGAGGUCCUGGAUGACAGGCGCAAGUGGUGGAAGGUUCGGGACCAACGGGGCCAAGAGGGAUAUGUACCCUAUAAUAUCCUGACACCUCACCCUGGAUCCUGCGUGGGCCGCAGCCAGAGCCCUGCACAAAGCCUGGAGAAUGGCACUCCUCCCCCUCCACCACCGGUCCCUGCUCCGGCCCCAGCUCAGGUGCGUCCCCACUGGGACAGCUGCGACAGCCUCAACAACUUGGACCCCAGCGAGAAGGAGAAAUUCUCCCAGAUGCUCAGCGUCAACGAGGAGCUGCAGGCGCGCCUAGCCCAGGGUCGCUCGGGCCCCAUCCGCGCAGCCCCGGGGCCCCGAGCCCCGGAACCACAGCUCAGCCCGCGCUCGGACGCCACGGAGGUCCGCGCCUGGCUGCAGACCAAGGGCUUUAGCUCCGGGACGGUGGACGCGCUGGGCGUGCUGACGGGCGCACAGCUCUUCUCGCUGCAAAAGGAGGAGCUGCGGGCCGUGAGCCCGGAGGAAGGGGCGCGAGUCUACAGCCAAGUCACGGUGCAGCGCGCGCUGCUGGAGGACAAAGAGAAAGUGUCAGAGCUGCAGGCAGUGAUGGAAAAGCAAAAGAAGAAGGUGGAAGGCGAGACCAAAAUUGAAGUCAUUUGACCUUUCCUGACCCUAUCACAAAAAGGGAUGGAUGAGAAGAGCGGGUUUCCCCGCGCCGCGUGGGACAAGACGCCAGACACCACGCACUCCCCAAACACACACCAGGGACAGUUGAUCUCGAGGCUCUCCCACACGUCCCAGCCCCGAUUCCACCACUCAGUGGGCACGCUGAACAACCAGUCCUGAGCGACAGCAUCCUGGAGGGAGCGGGAAGGGUCGGAGCGUUAGGAACACUACGGAAAGCACCUCAUGAGCACCCUGGAGACCCGUGCCAAUAUUGUGAUAUGCUUCCCAUGUCUAUAAACAGCAUUCUCUCA